UUCCCUUCUCCAGCCAGAGGGGCAACGUAGGUGGAUGGGUGGGAUAAGACAGCGGCGCAGGGCGGCGCGGUUGCCCCGCAAUCGCCUGGGAAAGCCGCGGCAGGGGCGGCGGCAGUAGGGUGGAGAAGCACCGCGGUGGUUUGGCGAUGGCUGUCAGGAAUCUUUAGCUCGCUCUCUUCCCGCCUCCCAACUUCGAAGCGCUUAAAUUGGUGGUCUCUGGACUCUGAUGAACCGAACCCGGCAAGACUGCAUACCCCUGUUAGGGAAGGAGGCAUCUAUGACCUAUGGAACCUCAAGGAAUUGUCAAAGCUUUCCCCAAACGAAGAAAGUUGAGACAUGAUAUACAGACAGUGCCUUUAAAGAUUUGGAAAGAAGAAACCAGGAAUCAGCAAGCAGGGUGGUUGGAGCCAAUCACAGCUUAUGUGUUGCAAGCAGGAAUUGGCCAGGCCAGGGCUGAGAUCUUCCAUAAGCAAAUCAUCCACAAUGGAGGACAUAUCUGCAGCCAGCUUUCCCCAGAUGUAACACAUGUCAUAGUAGAUGAAGACAUGGAUUUUGAUCGGGCUUUUCGGCUCCUCAAACUCAAAAGGUUGCCUCAGGGAUUGCAACUGGUUAAGGCAUCAUGGCUAAGUUCUUGUAUUACAGCACAGCAGAUCUUGAACACUACUGGCUAUAGACUCUUCAUCCCAGAGAAAUAUCUGGAUGUGACAGGCUUUUCAAUGGGACACUCACCAUUGCUGGAGGAGGAGAAGGUUCACCCCAAAGCAGAGAAUACAGUUAAGGAACUGAAAGCAGAAUCAAACACAGAGACCACCUCUUUCUGCAAUACAGUAAAUUUCUUGGAUCAGCAGGAAGCCACACAGAGUAUGUUAGAUGAUGAAGAAAUUGUAGAGGACAAAGCUGUUGUCACUCUGGAAGAACUGAAAGCACUGAGGUCAGGCCAAGACCUGAACACUUUGUCAGAAGACUUGUCAGUGUCCCUUUCUCGUGGCAAGUGGGUUUGUGCUCAGUCUUCUGAAAGCAAGAAAAGUAAUCAUAAUCAGUGCAUUACAGAGAAGCUGGAAGUGCUGGCAAAAGCCUAUUCUGUCCAGGGAGACAAGUGGAGGGGUCUAAGCUACUCAAAAGCUAUUAAUGCACUCAAGAGUUAUCAUAAACCAGUCACAUCUUACCAGGAAGCCUGUAUGAUUCCUGGAAUUGGGAAGCAGAUGGCAGAAAAGAUUGUAGAAAUCCUGGAGAGUGGGCAUCUUCGAAAACUUGACCACAUCAGUGACAGUGUCUCAGUGCUAGAAUUAUUUUCCAAUAUAUGGGGAGCAGGAGUAAAGACUAGCCAGAUGUGGUACCAGCAGGGCUUUCGCACUCUGGAUGACAUUCGCACUAGGGCCUCUCUCACCAGCCAGCAGGCUAUUGGCUUGAAGUACUAUGAGGACUUUUUGGAACGCAUGCCACGGCAAGAAGCUGCUGAAAUUGAGCAGACUGUUAGAGAAGCAGCUCAGUCUAUUAUAUCUGAAGUAGUGUGUGUAGCAUGUGGCUCUUUCCGGCGUGGCAAAUCUACUUGUGGGGAUGUGGAUGUGUUGGUGACUCAUCCUGAUGGACACUCCCACCAAGGACUAUUCAACAAAUUGCUCAACAUCCUUCAUAAAAGUGGCUUUCUCACAGACGACUUGGUGAAUCAGGAAGACAAUGGAAGCCAGAAGAAGUACUUAGGAGUCUGCCGUUUGCCAGGCCCAGACAGGCACCACAGGCGUGUUGACAUCAUUGUGGUGCCCUACAGAGAGUUUGCCUGUGCUCUGCUGUACUUCACAGGCUCAGCCCACUUCAAUCGCUCCAUGAGAGCACUGGCCAAGACUAAAGGCAUGAGUCUGUCAGAGCAUGCCCUCUGCAGUGGUGUCGUGCGGGGACCAGAUGGCCUCAAAACUGUGCCUGGGAUUCUCCUGCCCACUCCCACUGAGAAGGAUGUGUUUGCACAUCUGGGGUUGCCUUACCGGGAGCCACAUGAGAGGGACUGGUAAAGGGAAGAAAGGAAGCAGCUCCAGCCAGCCACAGGGAGAUACGGGGACCUGCAUGAGAUUUUCAAACAUAUACAAUUUGUUUGUUUUCCUUGAAACAUAUUUGUGGAGACUAAACCUAGGACUUUGGUGAGCAGCUGAUUUUUUUUUCUAUCGACUGUGAAAAUUCCAAGAUUUUGAAAAUCUUUUAUUAGCUUUGAAAGAUUUCAGAGGAGCACUAUGCACAAAUUAACUGAUUCAGUAAGCAGUUAUCAGUGAAUGAGACAUUGUGAUUGUAAAGCAGUUUGCACAUUAAAAACCCAAUUAAUAAGUCUACUAAGGACAAAUGGGAAAUUUACAGAAUUUAAAUAAUUUUAAAAACAUGAUUUGCAGAGUUACUAUCCUUACAAUAUUUUGAAGAUCUGCUAUGGGAAAGGCCACUUCAGAAGACUGUUGUAUAUUGAAGGGAUUUUGAGAAUCUGUUUCAGAAAUUUUGGAAGACUAUAUGUCUAUUGCAGAGAGCUGACUAGAGGACUUUGGGCCAAUUACACUCUCUCAGCCUAACCCACCUCACAGGGUUGUUGUAGAGAAAAAAGGAGGCAGCAGCAUGAUGUACACCAUCUUGAAUUGUACAAAAUAAAAGUGGGGUAUAAAUCUAAUUAAUUUAAAAAUUGCUGGGACUGAAGGACAGGGCUUCCUUUUUUUGUCACCAAGUUUGCUUUCUUGUACGCUGCUAGAAAUCUGAUCAUUUGCAAAAGAUUUUUGAAAUUAGACUCAGGGUUGCAUGAAAUUAGGCCAAGGAUAUAUGAUUCCAGAGCUGCACUUGAUCUAUGGGAAAGAAAAGGUGAUUCAUGAUUUGCACUUGGAGAUAACUCUCUUAUGAAUUAGUUUAUAUUCUGUUUUAAGGAAUAUAUUUAAAAAGUUACUCAAAUAGUAGUAAGUAUCACCACUGAUAUAGAUUUCUGUAUUUGCAGAGUACAUAUUAAUCUUAGAGACUGGUGUGACUCCAGAGUUUGGAACUUUGGUCAGUACUUCCUUGAGGUCAAGGAUAGGAGACUAAAUGAAGUUGAAAACACUUCAGCAGAAUAGGUUUUGCUUGUCUGAUUAGGUAAUUUCUUAGCAUCAAGAAAAAUGUCAGAAAUUUACAGGUAGUCCUCAUUUAGCUACCACAAUUAGGACCAGCAAC